AUGGGGAAAGCGAAGAAGCAUUCAAGAGGGAUACGAGCUAUCGAGCGUGAUGAAUUUGGUUACCCACGUGGAACAGAUAGUGAGAUGGAUGAGGAGGAGGCGCCUGUGAGGAAACGGAGUCGUUUUAGUUUGAAUGGUGGAGGAGAUAGAUAUGGAGUACCUAAAGAGGUUUUAUCUUUGUCGAACAUGUUAAGGUCUGAGAGAGAGCAUUUAGUUCAUAGGUUGAGUAUGGAGCUUGAGCAGGUCAGGGAGCUUAGCAAGAGGAUUGCAUGUAUUAGUUCAGAUAGGGUUAUGUUGUCUCCGUAUAGUGAUCCUCAUAGUUGCAGUGAUGGUGGGUCUAGGAGGGUGGUUACUCAGGGGAAAAAGCGUCGUCCUUUACGGAAUGAUAAGGUGCUGAGUAAGAAAGUUUCAUCAUCUGGUAGAUUAGAUGUUCCAAGAGGGUCUACAGUUGCUUCGUUGAUGAAGGAGUGUCAGACUUUGCUGGAUCGUUUAUGGUCGCAUAAGUUGGGGUUUCCGUUUCGGAUUCCGGUUGAUCCUGUUUUGUUGAAUAUUCCAGACUAUUUUACUGUGGUUAAGCACCCGAUGGAUCUUGGGACGAUAAGGAGCAGACUGCGUAAUGGAGAAUACUCUAGUCCGUUGGACUUUGCGGAAGAUGUGCGUCUUACGUUUUCAAAUUCCAUGGCUUACAACCCGCCGGGGAACCAGUACCAUAAAAUGGCUCGAGAUCUCAACACGUAUUUUGAGACGAGAUGGAAGACUAUAGAGAAGAAGAUACCUGUGAUGGAGCCACCGGUCAUGUCUCUAACGAGUUCUGCUUCUCUGGAGUCUGAAGUCCCGUAUAAUGUUGCACCACCAAGGAGGAAUACAGCUGUAGUGAACGAGAGCAAGUUGAGGGUGGAGCCUGCGAAGGUGGUCAUGACAGAUGAUGAGAAGAAAAAGCUAAGCCAAGAUUUGGAUUCGUUAGAAGAAGAUUUCCCACAGAACAUUAUUGAUCUCCUGAAAGAGCAAAUUGGCAAUGAUGACCUAUCUGGGGAAGUUGAGGUUGAGAUAGAUAUAGAGACGCUUUCAGAUGAAACCUUGUUCAUGGUUCGGAAACUCCUGGAUGACUAUCUAAAGGACAAGAAGAAAUCCCAGGAAAAGAGUGAACAUUGUGAGAUGGAGAUAGCUCAUCACUCUGGAUUCAGUAAUUCCACUCUGCAGCCUAGUAAAGGUGAUCUGCUAAUUGACGAGGAUGUUGACAUAAUUGGUGGGAAUGACCCCCCUGUUUCUAGCCAUCCCCCUCAGAAAAUAGAAAAAGAUGCUGCAUGUGGAAACAAUGAAUGCAGCAGCGCGAGUAGCUCCAGUAGGGAAUCAGGCUCUUCAUCUAGUGGUUCGUGUUUAUGCGAGCCUUCUUUUAUUUCUUUAGAGUAA